GGAGGAAGUGGGAGUUUCUUUUUGCACGCAAGGCUUUAAAAAUCUUUCCCCCAGAAGAAUAGUCAGCAAGCCAUGAAGUUGUUGACCAUUUGAACAUAUGCCGGGAUCACAUGGUACGAAGGAAUUGCAACCCUUAAUGGCGCCAUCUGACCCGAAGCUUGAGAACAAUGAGAAGGACGAGGAGGUUGCCAAAGCGACGGUCCAAACGACAAGCUUGCAAAGGGCCAAGGCCCGCUUCCUAAAGGGGGUCUCCUACUUCUCGGGAGACAUGCCAGUUUUUGCCAAAUGGAUGGAAAAACAGUUUUUCUUGCUCCAAUUGCUGGACUGGGUCCUGCGCGGAGCUGCCCAGGUUAUGUUUGUUAACAAUCCACUGAGUGGCCUGAUUAUCUUUGCUGGCCUCAUCCUGCAGAACUACUGGUGGGCCCUCAACGGCUUUGUGGGCACUCUCUUUGCCACCAUCUCAGCCCUUGUUCUGCGACAGAGCAGGGGUGCCAUAGCUGCAGGACUGUAUGGAUACAACGGUAUCUUGGUGGGCUUGUUGAUGGCUGUCUUCUCCAAUGCAGGAAACUGGUACUGGUGGCUUCUGCUGCCCAACAUCUUCAUGUCCAUGAUGUGCCCAAUUGUGUCCAGUGCCUUAGCAUCCAUUAACAGUCGCUGGGAUCUCCCAGUGUUCACGCUGCCCUUCAACAUCCUGGUGUGCGUCCACAUGGUGGCCACGGGUCACUACAAUCACCACUUCCCCCAAGUCCUCAUCCAACCCCGUUCGGAGCUGCCCAACAUCACCUGGGCGGACAUUGACGUCGCUAAGCUGUUCAUGUCCGUGCCUGUCGGGAUCGGCCAGGUGUACGGCUGUGACAACCCCUGGACAGGAGGCGUCUUUAUCAUCUCACUCUUCAUCUCCUCCCCAAUCACAUGCGCUCACGCUGUGCUGGGUUCUACAAUCGGCAUGCUUUCAGGACUCGCUUUGGCAGCUCCAUUUGGCGACAUUUAUUUUGGCCUGUGGGGGUACAACUGUGUGCUGGCAUGCAUUGCCAUCGGUGGAAUGUUUUAUGCUCUCACUUGGCAGGUGCACUUGCUUGCUAUUACGUGUGGGUUUUUCUGUGCAUACCUGGGCUCUGCCAUUGCCAACAUCAUGUCUGCGUUUGGUCUGCCAGCCUGCACGUGGCCCUUCUGUCUCUCCGCACUCACUUUUCUCCUCAUAACCACGGAGACCAAUAGGAUUUUUAAGCUGCCGCUGGCCAAAGUCACCUAUCCUGAGAAAAAUCUCUGCUUCUUCUGGAAGAUGAAGAAACAGGAGAAGAAGGAGAAGAUGGAGGAAGAAAGGAAAACGAAAGAGGAGCAGAAGAGGGUUAUUGAAGACGAGGUGAUACUCAACGAGAAAGAACAGCUGAGGCUUGAGCUUAACACGAUGCAAGAGGCCCAAAAGACACAAAUGGACACAGGCGAAGCGCAGAGCGAGCACUGGGACACUGGUGAAGAACAAAACACACAAAACUACGCAACAGAAGAAAGUCUCACAAAUUAUGUUUAAAACAUAAGAAUUCUAUUUCAUUUUUUCAGUACAGUCGUCCCUCGAUUGUCGUGGUUAAUUAGUUCCAGACCCGAGUGUGAUAAGUGAAUUUAGGAUUCAAUAUUAAUAAUUUGAACAUAUUUGUAGUUAGAGCAUAGAAAAGCUGUUUAUGGCUUUAUAAAUACAUUUUUUAACAUUACUAGAGCUCUGUAGACAUGAAAUAACAACCCUAUAGUCGCCUUUCCACUCCUAUUAUUCAUUGUUUAUACCGAAUUGCAUAACUCUUAUGCGCAGGCUACAGGGUCACUGCGGGGACACGAGAGACGGACGCCGCUUUACGCAUUAGCAUGUUACCAAGCUAACUAGUUAGCCUCCAAUUUAUUUAUUCAAAGUAAAAGGACAAAGUAAGAAGUCAAAAACCUACCACUUCCACACGGAAUGUGGGGAGAACUUGUUUUCGCUAUGUCAUGUCGGUCAUGCCAUGGCUGACUCCAUGCAGUGUGAAGGUAAUCUAAUCUAAGGCAAUGUAACAUUACUGACGCCUAGUGACCAGAGUGCUCCAUAUGACUUAGUAAUAGAUUCGAUUUGAUAUAGCGCUUUAUUUCAAGGUACCUAAAGCGCUUCACAGUGAAGUGAACCCAUUAUUCAUUCACUCCUCAGUCACACAAUGGUGGUGAUUAGCAACUACAUCUAGACUGACGGAAAGGUAGCUGCCAAUUUGGAGGGAGCGAGGAUCAAACCACCAACCUUGCGGUUCAAAGAUGACCUCCUGAGCCACUGCCGCCCAACUUGUCACUUGUCAUUUUUUUACUAAUAACAGGCUGUAGUUAACCACAAAACAACAAUAAUUUAUUAAUUGAUUCAUUUUUGAUUUGUGAUAGUGAGCGAGCGACGUUCAAACCGCAAAGUGGCGAGGGACAACUGUAUAGAAAACCUUCAUGUGUCCUUUUUUUCUAAGGGGUUCACUGAAUGACAAGUUAUUGCACUACAUUGAAUUGAAAAAAUAGUUCAGAUCGGCAUUAACUGUAUUGCAGCAGGCUGGGAAAGAUUACUGGAGGUUACCCAGCAUGCCUUGCGGUCUGUAGCUAUGAGUGUAAUUUUGCAUGUGCGUAUGUAUGCUCGAGCGUAGGCGUUUAUUUUGAUGUCAGUGCUGUGCAGUAGAUACGAUUGCGUUGUGUGUUAAACUUUCUGUUGUCAUUGUUGUUCCCACCAUGAGUGAGGUGGGUGUUUGGGUUCCUGUCCUGUUCCUGUGUAGUGCACAGCAGGGGUGUCUUACAAUAGUCAACUAUUCGACGAUUCAAUUGGAGUCGGAUUCAACUAUCAAUCUCGCAAUUGAAUCAUAUGAAAAUGUCAUGUGAUCACGAUUGUACCAUUCAGGCUACAUGUGGGUGCCCCCGGCUGCUGCUGAGCAUACAUUUUUACAUGGAAUGUUUUUUGGGGGGGUUAUAAGUAGCCUAUUUUGAUACAAAUUCAGCCUCAUAUGUGUUAAUAAAGAAUUGAAAAUGACGUGUGUGUUUAACUGAAGAGCCAUACUUAUGCAAGAUAGUGGUGCGUACACACAGAGAAGCUCAGCGUUUCUUCCAGAUUUGCAGUUGUUGAUUGUAGUUAUUUUCUUCACCUCGCAUCUGGUUUAACAUCUUACAGAGCUUUUGGAUGUUGGAUUUCACAGCGCCAACGUUUUUAUCACCGAUCUUUGACUAUUGUCCCCAAGAUCUCCAGAGUACGGAGUCUACACACACCAGCCAGGCAGGCGAAAGACCUCACAGGCGGCGCCAAGAACGUAAAUAAGUGCGAGGAAAGCACAGACUAUACUUUCCGAGCAUUGUCCUCGCUAAUGUGUGGUCUUUAAUUAAUAAAAUCUUACGACAUUUUACGUUAUGACGUCACAUCACCCACAGUAAAGGACUUUUGGACUGCAAUGUCAUCAUUUUCACCGAGCCAUGACUAAACAGUGGAGCACCAGACAAUGCUAUGAUAGUGCCAGGAAGUGGGCAGGGAAUGUCACCGCAAACCCCUCACACCCUGGACACAAACUGUUCAAACGCCUCCCCUCAGGUAGGCCCUACAGAGCACUGGACGCCAAAACAACCAGGCACACUUUCUUCCCCCAGAUAAACAAUCGAGGCAAGACAGGCAAGAUAAGAAACGAAAAAUAAGAAAAUAGAGUAAGAAUAAAGACAUUAAUAAAUAAUACAGAAAGGCUCACUCCAAAUUUGUAGUGAAAUAAUACAUCAUAAUAAAUAAUAAUAAUAAUAAUACACAAUAAUAAUUAAUCAUCAUAAGGUAAUAAAUCCAGUCCUGUGUGUGUUUUAUCGCUCCCCCUCUGUUGUUUUGAAAAGCCAGUUGGGGUGAGGGAGGAAUGACCUGCUCAGUCUUUUGGUUGAGCUGGGUAGUGAUAGUAAUCUGCCACUGAAACUGCUCCUCUGUUGGGAGAUGAUGCUGUGCAUUGGAUAAUGCUGGUUGUCCAUGAUGGAAAGGAGCCUCCUCAGUGUCAUUUGCUCUGCCACAAAUGUCAGGCUGUCCAGCUCAGUGCCAAUGACAGCCUGCCUUCCUCACCAGUUUGCCCAGGCGUGUGGCAUCCUUCCUCUUGAAGCUGCUCCCCCAGCACACUCCUGCAUACAGGAGGGCACCAGCUACCACAGUCUGGUAGAUGUUCUGUUGCAGCUUCUUGCAUAUGCUGAUCUUUACUACCGUGAUUAUGUAAAGACAUAACACUUCAUAUUACAGUACGUACGUAACAAGAUGAAGUCAUUAUUUGUGGUUGUGUACAUCACGUACUGUACGUGUUUUAUUGGGAAAUUCUGUGCGAUAACUUUUAUGAAUGUUUCUACUAAAGUGAUCUUGUGUUUACAUUUCUCGUGUCUUUAGAGGAAUGCAUGAGCUCACAAGCACCCUCCAGCUUCAUAACAAAUUCAAUAAAUGGGACUAAGAAGUAUUUGAAAAGAACUUGGGAGACUUUUUUUUUUUUUUUAACAAAAGUGAAUUACUCUCUUAUUUUUCUUGUUAUCAUCUUAAUGAGCAAGCUGUAUUAACAUUAAAAAACCCUCCAAAAGAGUCAGGGCCUCACCAGCCAUGAACCUCACCGCACGUCACUGACCAGUCUUCUGAAGGCGUUUGAGUCUUGUGACAAGUGUGAUCAUCAGUGAGGCAUUAUCAUCUUCAAAUAAAUCAACCAUAUCUCUUCCUGAUGCUGGGUCACAAGGUUCAUUUAACUCGCAAUCAGAUUUAAUACAUUUUUCGGCAACUUCCAACACUAAAAAAAUAACAUUUCAUAACAUCAUCCAUGCACCAUUUAUACUUACGACCUACAAAGUUAAGAGCUCCUUCCGGGAGUGCAGUAGUUGGAGCAUCUCUGUAGUCACAAAAUGUAGGUUAGCCUUAUCAAGACGCCCGCUGAUUUCAAAACAACAGAACAGUCUGCUAGAAAAAUGAAGCUCAGGAGGAAUUUCACCUUCCAGCAUUCACUCCCUGAACUUUAAGAGCCGUGCUGAGCGUUGAGUUGACUGUCUGGAAUUUUAGCUCAAUGCUUCGCACUCCCAACUGUCACGCCGAAGGUCCCGAGUUUGAGCACGUGGGGCUGGUUGAACCAGGCGGGUUACACAUAUUCAGAUAAAAAAUGAGUGACUCCAUCAGAAUAAAUUAUGAAGUUUGUGGAAUGGCUCAGCCAACCGAUGGGGUAACUUUAAGAGGGCUGUUC